AAUGAGACUGCUGGUGCUACUCGCUGCAGUAGCUCUGGCAUCAGUUGCAGCUAUGAAAGGUUGUCGAGAUGCUAAAGCGUCGUUCUCGAGAGGAGAGAAGAUAACCUCACCCUUACCCCACCAACUGUUAACAAAACACGAGCUUCCUACCAGCUGGGAUUGGGGCAAUGUUAACGGAGAAAACUAUCUAACCGCCACCAGGAACCAACACAUCCCCAUAUAUUGCGGUAGUUGUUGGGCUCAGGGCACGACAUCAGCUCUGAGUGACAGGAUCUCCAUAAUGCGCAACAACACGUGGCCUAGGAUCCAGCUGUCUCCUCAGGUUCUGGUCAACUGCAGGGGUGGUGGUAGCUGCGAGGGAGGUAACCCGGGCGCUGCACUGGAGUACAUUGAGAGUAAGGGUAUUCCUGACGAGACCUGUCAGAACUACGUGGCAAAAGACGGCGAAUGUGAGCCACUGGGUGUAUGUGAGACAUGUGAUCCUGAAACUGGAUGCCACCCAGUUGAGAAGUAUGAUAACUACAAAGUUAGUCAGUACGGCAGUGUUAGAGGUGCUGACAGGAUGAAGGCUGAGAUAUACGCUAGAGGUCCCAUCGGGUGCGGAAUCAUGGUGACAGACAAGUUUGAGAAUUACACAGGCGGGAUCUACAGCGAGUUCAAACUCUUCCCCAUGAUCAACCACGAGAUUUCUUUAGUCGGAUGGGGUGUAGAGGACGGUGUUGAGUUCUGGUGGCUCAGGAAUUCCUGGGGAUCAUACUGGGGAAUCAACGGUUUUGCUAAAGUGAUGAUGCACAAACACAACUUGGCACUUGAAACUGAUUGCACGUGGGGCGUCCCUAGCUGGGAACAAGUUUCUCAAACCGCACCAACCGUCGAAAAGAAGAAGCCCAAAUACCACUCUAAAACCUGUGUCGUGAAAGACCCGACAGCGAAGACUCAUGUUAAGACACCGCAACCUCAUACCUACCUUAAAGUUGAGGACCUACCUAAGGCAUAUGAUCCGCGAAAUAUGGGCGGUAAAGACUACACCACUGUUAACAGGAACCAACACAUCCCAGUUUAUUGCGGAAGUUGCUGGGCUCACGGCACUACCUCCGCUCUGGCUGACAGAAUCAAGAUGGCGAGGCGGGGAGCGUGGCCAGAUAUUAACCUGUCUCCUCAACCCCUAGUGGACUGCGUCCGAGCUAAUGAUACUGCAGGUUGUCACGGAGGGGACCCUACCGCAGCUUACUCUUGGAUCAUGGAGCAUGGGAUCACGGACGACACGUGCAGUAUUUACACCGCUACAGAUGACCAGUGCGAGCCAAUCAACAUCUGCAAGAACUGCAUGCCCACCCAGUUCUAUCCUGAUCACAUUGAUUACAAGUGCUGGGCUGUGACGGAGUAUUACACGUGGCACAUCACCGAGCACGGGCAAGUGGCCGGAGAAGGAAACAUGAUGGCUGAGAUAUCCGCCCGUGGUCCGAUUGCUUGCUCGCUAUGCGUUAACGACAAGUUUGAGGCGUACACCGGGGGAAUCUUCAACGAUCCGGACGGAGACAAGUGUGCAAAUCACGAGAUCUCGAUAGUUGGUUACGGAGUUGAUGCCGAUGGUACAAAGUUCUGGAUUGGAAGGAACUCCUGGGGUACCUACUGGGGUGAAGAGGGCUGGUUCCGUAUUGUCAGGGGUGUUGAUAUGAUCGGUGUGGAGGAUUCGUGUGACUGGGCUGUUGCCAAGAAAACAUGGUAAACAUACCCCAUUUGAUGCUGAUAUUAUCGAGUCUUGAACAAUAGUCGAUAUAAAAUCCGUUAAAUUGAUUUUGUUUGACGGAAUGAAAACUAUGUGAAUAUCUUCGGGCCUAAGGUGUUCAAUUUAUGUAAUUUUCUGAUGUGACCCUCUGAUCUUUCUGGCCCUUGGAUUCAUGAUCAUUGAAUUGUGUGAAUUAAAUUGUUGAGCAUCCGAGUUUCAAUCGGUAAAAUUAACGAUCUGGAUAUUGGUGGGUAGGUCAACCAUUUUUUCUGACACGUGACAGUGAUAAAGCAAUCAGCUUCCAAUCAAAACCCGGGAUGACUGUCACGUGUCAAAACAUAUGUUAAUUUCCCCACCAGUAUCCAGACCUUUAGAUAUGGGAUGAUUUUAUUUAUGAUUAACAUAUUUGCGAUAUAAUUAAUGCUAUUUGUUUUAUAUUAUGUUUUGUACGUAAUAAUUUGUACGUUUUAUAGGCGGGUUCCUACAAGUUGAAUAAUGAAUAUAAUGUGAUUUGUAUACAGCUUAGCUGUUUAAUUUUUGUACUCAAAAUAUUUAAUUAUUUUCCUCAA